AUGUUUCAUGGUAUGGGAGUAGUUUCACAAUUGCAGGGCGGUGGUGGAGGUGUAGUGGUAUCGCAAUCACAUGGUGGCGGUGGAGGUGGAGUAGUGUCGCAGUCACAUGGUGGUGGUGGAGGCGGCGUUGUUGUGCAAUCACAUGGAGGUGGUGGAGGCGGUAUAGUAGUGCAAUCACAUGGUAGAGGUGGAGGUGGAGUAGUAUCGCAGUCACAUGGAGGUGGUGGAGGCGGUGUAGUAGUGCAAUCACAAGGCGGUGGAGGUAGCGGUGUAGUAGUACAAUCGCAUGGAGGUGGUGGAGGUGGAGUAGUGUCGCAGUCACACGGAGGUGGAGGAGGCGGUGUUGUGGUGCAAUCACAUGGAGGUGGUGGAGGAGGAGUAGUUUCGCAGUCACAUGGUGGUGGUGGAGGCGGCGUAGUAGUGCAAUCACAUGGAGGUGGCGGAGGCGGCGUAGUAGUGCAAUCACACGGAGGUGGCGGAGGCGGUGUAGUAGUACAAUCACAUGGCGGUGGUGGAGGUGGUGUAGUAGUGCAAUCACAAGGAGGCGGUGGAGGCGUAGUGGUAUCACAAUCACACGGUGGUGGUGGAGGUGUAGUCGUAUCGCAAUCACAAGGCGGUGGUGGAGGCGGUGUAGUAAUGCAAUCACAUGGCGGCGGUGGUGGCGGUGUAGUAGUGCAAUCACACAGAGGUGGCGGAGGCGGUGUAGUAGUACAACCACAUGGCGGUGGUGGAGGUGGUGUAGUGGUGCAAUCACAAGAAGGCGGUGGAGGCGUAGUGGUAUCACAAUCACACGGUGGUGGUGGAGGUGUAGUCGUAUCGCAAUCACAAGGCGGCGUAUUGGUGUAA